CACCAACCUGGAGUGUUGGAUACACUCAAGGACUUCAACUCCGAGGCUUGAAGACCCAGGGCCAGGGAUCGAAAGGGCGCUAGUCUGUUAACUAACAAGAUGCGAAAAAAUCAUCACGGCUAGCGCUGGCUGCGUCAGGCUGGAUCGACUGGCUCAGUGGUUCGCCCCCUCCCCGUAGGUUUCCCAGUCUCUGGCUGCCCACCGAAAUGGCUCCGAUGGGCAGAGAUGGCUGGAGCGGCCUUGAUUGGGCAGCGUGCAGGCUGCCUGCGAGCCUGAGAGACAAUGAUAAAGCUCUAUUCGCCAUGUCUGGAAAGUUAAAAAGGGCCCUGGAUGUAACCUCACCACCUCGUCCUCCCUGUCGUCCCUGCAGGCGGAUCCUCUUGCUGAAUUUUCUCCCUCUUUAAUUCAUUACAUCCCCGGCCAGGUCAUCAGUUUGACCUCGUCUCGUUGCUCUUCUUGUCUGUUGACAAAUAGUUGCGCAGUGUGCUCUGUGCAAUUGAGCAGACUCGAAACUCAGAGACACGACCUUCACCUAGACCCCGGAUCUUUCACCUUCUCGGUCAACGCUCACCUCGGCGCAUUGACCUUCGGUGUGUCGCAGCUCCUGCCACAGACCGCAAGACGUCACCGGAGCCCCGACUCCUUCCCGAGUAAGUGCCGCCGUCCUUUAACGUCACCUUCCGUCAGGUCCCUCAAGGUUGCCGGCGCGGAAGUGGAGUUUCGCCGACUUCGUCCGGGGAUCUUGCGAAAUUCAACUUCAUCUCGACUACAACUCUCUCGCGAAAACUCUCUGUUCUCGUACUAACUUUUAUCCCAGGCUCCCUUAUCAUCCAUCUCAUCUGGGUAUUGUAGUGACUCAAGAUGGGUCUCUUUGGUCGCAAGAAGGAGACUGAGUCUCCUUCGGAUAUCGUCUCGCCCACAGCCGAUCUCACCUCCGCAGAGAAGAAUGCUCCUCUCUCCCAAAGCAGCCCUCCUCCUCCCACGUAUGAGUCCAACAGCAUCUUCGGCGAAAAGUCGCCUGGUGUUGCGAGAAUCGAGGCCCUCUCUGCCGCCAUCACCACUACCGACCGCUACUUCAUCUUCUUCGGCGUCUUCCUAGUGGCCUACGCCUACGGUCUUGAUGGAACCCUCCGCUACGCCUACCAACCCACCGCCACGAGCAGCUACGCUACGCACUCCCUUCUGGCUACUGUUAACGUCCUUCGCUCCGUCAUCGCCGCUGCUGCCCAGCCCACAUCCGCCAAGAUUGCCGAUGUUUUUGGUCGUGUCGAGCUCAUCUGCGUCUCUGUUAUCUUCUACGUCGUUGGUACCAUCGUCGAAGCCUGCGCCACCGAGGUUAAGGCCUUCGCCGCCGGCGCCGUCGUCUACCAGGUUGGCUACACUAUGAUCAUGCUGCUUGUCGAGGUCAUCAUCGCCGAUAUUACCUCCACCCGCGCCCGUCUGCUGUUCAGUUACAUUCCUGCGCUUCCUUUCAUCAUCAACACCUGGGUCAGUGGUAACAUCUCCGCCAAGGUUCUCGGCGAAAGCACCUGGCAGUGGGGUAUCGGCAUGUGGUGUAUCAUCUACCCUGUCUGUGCCCUUCCCCUCAUCAUCAGCCUGUCCAUUGUCGGCCGCCGCGCUAGGAAGCAGGGACUGCUCGACUCUUACUCGUCUCCUUUCCGCAUGCUCGGCCCCAAGAAGUUCCUCAUUGAGUUGUUCUGGCAGCUCGACGUCAUCGGUAUCAUCCUGGUUAUCGCCAUCUUCGCCUUGAUUUUGGUUCCUCUCACCAUUGCCGGUGGCUUCUCGACAACGUGGCGCGAGGCUCACGUCAUUGCCCCCCUCGUCAUCGGUAUCCUUUGCAUCCCGGUCUUCGCCGUGUGGGAGAUGAAGGCCAAGCACCCUCUCGUUCCCUUCAAGUUGAUGCGCGAUCGUGGCAUCCUGGCCCCUCUCGGUAUUGCACUGGGUCUUAACUGGGCUUGGUACAUGCAGGGAGACUACCUCUACACCGUCUGUAUCGUUGCUUUCGACUUCAGCAUUGCGUCCGCUACCCGGAUCACGUCGCUCUACUCCUUCUGCAGUGUCAUCACCGGCUUCAUCCUGGGCUUCAUCGUCUUCAAGGUCCGCCGCCUCAAAUACUUUAUCAUCGCUGGUACCAUGCUCUUCAUGGUCGCUUUCGGUCUGUUGAUCCACUACCGUGGUUCUCCUACCUCCGCCGGACAAAGCGGUGUCAUCGGUGCCCAGGUCCUUCUCGGUAUUGCAGGUGGCAUGUUCCCCUAUCCUGCGCAAGCCUCGCUCCAGACUACUCUGAAGCACGAGCACCUUGCAAUCAUGACCGGUCUUUACCUCUCCACUUAUAACAUUGGAUCUGCCUUCGGCAACACAGUAUCUGGCGCUAUUUGGACUCAGGUUCUGCCUUCCGUCCUUCAAGAGAACCUUGCACCCUUUGGUAAUGACUCUCUGGCUACCGUAACCUACGCCCAGCCUUUUGUUGCCAUCGCCGAGUACCCCGUUGGAACCCCCGAGCGCGCGGCCAUAAUCGACUCGUACCAGCACGUUCAGCGUCUUCUUACUAUUACCGGUAUCUGCUUGACAGUCCCUCUUAUCGCGUUCGCCUUCCUCCUGAGGAACCCCAAGUUGAACGACCAGCAAACUCUUGCGGUUGACGACGUCCAGAUCCGCCCUGCGGAGAACAAUGACAACCUGCCUAGCAAGAUCUAAGCAUCGAGUUUGGAUGUACCAAGACUGUUGAUGUAAUGAUUUCACGUAAUUGAUUUAUGGAUAUCCGAAACCCUGUACGAGGCACGAUGAGUCGAGUCUUCAUUUAGAGAUCGUGGUUAGAGAUACCAUUCACAGAAAGAUUUAGUCGUAAUUUAAUAUCCUUCCCAAUUCACAAUCAACCCUCACAAUGCCUGGUUACGUCUGCGCUUAACCAUAACGGCCACUUCUCUAUCACGCAGAAUAUGCCAAGACUGACUUGACGUCGCUACUGCUUACUUGCGUCUGUGCCAGCCUCCGUUGACACCGCACUUUGAGCCCUCCCCCGCACGCAACAACCCGAC